AUGACCAUCGUUUCACUAGCCACACCGUCCGCUACCUCCAUGGACACAUCUUUCGCUGUCUUAGGCACUUCGAUAGCUCUUUACAACGUGGCCCUGCCUUGGUUCAGAUCGAUCAAACCUGGCAAGGACGAAGAGGUCCUCAAACAUCUAGCAAUGGACUUCUCAAUGACGCCCAUCCGGCUGAUGCUUGCCUACCUUUCAUUUCCUAUCCUCAGGCAAUGCUUUAUCUCAGGUUCCAAAUGGACCGAGAAUGACAUCCAAGCAAGCCACUCGGCCUGGAUCCUACUUUCUCUCGGAUACCUGUUCGACAUGGUCACCACCAAGCCUGAUCUAAUGGGUAUCGUCCACCACAGCAUCGCAUUUGGCAGCACUGCCUUCAGCAUAUCCGCCAUGAGCGAUACGACCGGCACUGCUUUCUGGCACAGAUAUCAGUCCGCUGAACUGUUCUUCGCCAUCUCUGCAGGCGGCAUGGUGGGCACUGCACUGCGAGUCGCCUAUCUUUUCGCCAGCCUUCAUGGACACGAAGUCCCUAGGGUGCACCAAAUCAUCGUCACGUGCCUCACCUGGUCACUGACUGCAAUCAUCUCUUUGGGAUGGGCCUUCAAGAUCCUGUACAUCCACCAAACCGCUCCUCUAUUCUGGAACCUGUUUGGUCCGAUUGGAGUUCUGUUCGUGCUCGCUGCACUUUCGGUCAUCUUCGCUGUGCAAUAUCGUUGGAUCUUCAUGUGGAGCGCAAAGGCAGAUAGGCUGACUGAGAAGGCUGGUCAUGCGCGGAACAUCAAUGGGACACUGCGUCGCAUCCCGCUGAGAUCUGUAGUCGCAGGGCUGAGUAUUGGGAUGGUUGACUUUGGAAGACUUUAUGUACAGCUGCUACGAGCAGUGUAG